AAUGACAGUGUGGUUUUGUUUACAAAUGAUGUGUGGAUUAAUGAUUCUGUUUUUCCUUUGAAAAUGUGAAAAAAAAUGUGAUUAUAUCUAUGAAAGUCAAUCGAUGCAUAAUCAAAAUUCCUUACGCACUAGCCAAAUUAUGUAGCAUUGGUGUAAAAGUAUGGGAACAAUAGCAUGAAUGCGAUUUUCUCUCAUUGUUCCUUAAGUGAACAAAUCAUUCCCCGGUCUAUCGAGAAUGAGAUUUCCUAAUCUAAUAUUAAAAAGUAUGCCUCGCCAAAGAAAUCUAAUAUAAGUCUCCGAUAAUAAGUCCUGCCAACACCAAAAUGGUUCUUUUCUGUAAAUUGUGCCAAUUGCUUCACAAGAGCAUGGACUUCAUCGAGUGCGAUGAGAGUAAUGUGUGGCUGCUGGAGUCCGUGUUUAAGCUUAAGAUUGUACCGGUCAAUGGUCGAGUGGAACCAAUCUGCCAGAAGUGCAUCCAAAGGUACAAUAAGGUAAUGAAACGUAAACGGAAGGCGAACGGUGGAUUUCCUAUUUCGCAGAAUCAGAUUUUUCCAAUCACCACGACAGUUACCUCCUCAACCCAGCUAGUUAUUCAAAGGCAGCUGCAGGAUCCGAAAAGAGCAGUUGCAACAUCCAACCAGCUGAAAGAAGAAGACUCCACAUCCACUGAAACUUCGAUAGUUACCGCAAACAGUUUUCAGCUGAAUAUCACUGGGGCUGCGGCUGUCUACAGAACUGCCGGCCAGGGCGGACAGGGUAGCUCGGAUGAUGAGAGUUCCGUAGGGCAGAGUAGCGCAGUGGAUGAUGAUGAUGACGAAGAAAGUGACGUUGAGGAUGACAGCAGUUAUUCUAGCGACUGCUGUAGCGAAGAUUCGGACGAAAGCAGUUCUAGCUCCAUUACGACAAGCAGUAGCGAGAGCUCCUCGGAAACGAGAACUAGUCUUAGAGUAGAUGAACGUGAAAGUGAAAGACCCGAUGAAACGGAAUCGAAGAAUUCAGCUGAAAAUUACCCGACAGCUGAAAACGAAAAUGCACAAGUGGAGAGUACCAAUGUAGGUUUAGGCGAAGUUAGUCCUGAACAUGAAGUGAAGAAGGAUCAAACACCAAAGAAAAGUAAACGAGAAGCUGGAUCUUCUCAACAUAUUUGCGAAAUAUGUAAGAAGAUAUUCUCCAAGUCAAUAUAUCUGAAAGUUCAUAUGCGAACCCACACGGGCGAAAAACCGUUUGCAUGCGACAUUUGUUUCAAGAGUUUCACUCAGGCGUCUAGUUUGAACACUCAUAAGCGUUUACAUACCAACACGCGCCCUUUCGUUUGUGAGAUUUGUGGAUCCGAGUACACAAGUUCAGGGAAUUACAGGGUUCAUCUCCGUACCCACACUUUAGAAAAGCCUUACAAGUGCAGCUACUGUGAUAAGAGCUUCAAUCAACUUUCGUCGAAGAAACUUCACGAAAGAAUUCAUAACAAUGAAAAACCAUUUGUCUGUCAGAUCUGUUUGAAGGCGUUUACCAAUAUAAGCAACCUCCAUGUACAUUCCCGUAUCCACAGUAAGGAGCGACCGUAUGCAUGCGAUUUGUGCAAUAAAACGUUUGCACAAUCACAGACUUUGAAAACCCACAUGCUAGCAUUCCACACGGAAGAUCGACCCUACAAAUGUGACAGCUGCCCGAGGUCUUACGCAACGCAGUACAAUUUGCGUAAUCAUCAAAACAGCCACCUAAAAGAGAAACCAUUCGAGUGCAAUUACUGCCAGCGCCGGUAUACACAGAAGAGCACCCUCAAAACCCAUCUGCUGUCCCACCGGACGGAAAAGGAUUUCAAGUGCGAAGAGUGCGGCAAGUCGUACACCACUCGGGGUAUUUUGAGCACCCAUUUGAAGCAUGUCCACAGCGGGAAAACGGAUACGCCACAAACAUAUGAUUGUGAUUUGUGUUCAAGGCAGUUCAAACUGAAGGCCAGGUACCGGAGUCAUAUGCAGAUGGUUCACAAGCAGGAUGUCGAGACGACGGGCGAUAAAGAAGUCGAGGAAGCUACUGAAUCGGCACCCCUUCUUGAUGAAUUUGACUAUCUCCCAUCUGCUACAGUUCCAGAAUUGGCAGGGUUUUCCUUCGAUUAGUAUUAGUGUUAAUGGCAUGUAUUUUACGAUGAACAGCGUGCAAUCUAUAGGAAUACGUGAUCUAUACGAUUUUUAGAUCUUUUAUAUUUCCUAAAUCUGCGGUUUAUUUAAACCCAUCUCCCGUCAUCCGUUUCGGUUUAAUUUGGGAACACAUAUGAGGCAAAUAAAAUGAUUGUAUUAUAGCAGAGGAAUUAA